CACAGCCAGUAAAUGGGAGCCGUUGUAAAGCCAAACUCUGAAGAAGGAGAGGGAGUGAGGAGGCCAAGAGAGGAAGAAGAGGAAGAGUCGAGGCGGUGACUCACUCUGCUCCUUGCCAUGGCUGACCCUAAGUAUGCUGGCCUGCCUGGAAUUGUGUAUGACCAACCAGAUGUGUACGAGACAUGUGACCUGCCAGAGAGUGAGCAGGACUUCCCGCCGAGCGACAGUGGCGAGGGGGAUGGAGUUGUGGAGGUGCUGCACAUCUCAGCUGGCGACGCCCACGACCGCUUCAAGGGAAAGGUGCUGGACGCCUCUCACGUGGACUUCUCAGACAGACUGUCUAACAACCGCCGCAGAGGUUAUGGUGCAAGGCGCAUUGAGUGGGAGGUGGCAGGAGAGGAGGGAGAGGAGACGGUGAUUCAGAAGUACCAGCGGCUGCAGUGUGAAGUGAACCAACUGCUGGAGGAGGUGCAGGAGAUCAAGGGCACCGUGCCAUGUGGGGAGGGUGUGGCGUCCUCUGUGGAGCUUGGGCAGCAGGUAGAGGGUCUGCACCGCACUCUGGUGGACCUGAAGCUGGAGGACACCCUGGGGUCUGAGGUGGUGGCCUCCAUCUCUCAGCCACAGCUUGCCCUUCAGAAGAAACUCAUCAACCUUUUGGAGAGCUUCAAGCAGACAGGUCUUGUGUCAGAGAAGAAACAGAGUAGCAGCAAGAAGGAAGACCAGAAGCAGGGAGGCAGCAGUGUUGUGAGUAGCAGUGGCAGCAGCAACGGCAUUGUGUAUGAGUUGUACUACGCCCCAGAGCAUGCGCGCCUCAAUCAGCUGGCCAGCGUGGCAGAACUGGAGAAGAGGAUUGACCGCAUUGAGACUCUCAUUGGGAACAAUCCAGACAAACUGUCCAGCCUUUCAGCAUGGACCAACCACAAGUCGGUGCUGGGAGCAGUGCAAGUGCUGAGUGCCAGGCUAGCCCUGCUGGAACCCACACAUCUGGACCACGUGGAGGGGCGGCUGCAUGCCAUUCACACACGCAUGAAUUCCAUCUCAGAGAAGAAGGCAGCUAUUGAGGAUGCUGACAAGCAGAGCAAGGUGUCUGAACUGUAUGAGCUGGUGAAGAAGAUUGAAACACUGUGCUCUGCCCUGCCAGAGGUGGUGAAUCGCCUUGUGUCCCUAGAGGCUUUGCACGACCAAGCGAUGCAGUUCAGCGGGUCUCUCAAACAACUAGAUGUUGCCCAGACCCGCCUCGGCUCAGCCUUGCACUCCAAUACAGAUCUGCUGGGUAGUGUGCAAGACAAGUUCUUACAGAACUUGGAGAUAAUCCACAACAACAUCACCAACCUGGAUGCCCGAGUGCAGGCACUCCAGAAGAAGUAGUGGAGGCACUACAGUGCUUCCUGAAUGACGCUGCACUGUGUCUGUGGCCGCUACAAGAGAGGCCAGCGUGCUGAAGCCUUAGUGCCUUUAUGGCUGGAAUCCCGUGAACCAGACAUGAAGUGACUGACUCAGGCUUGUCUUGGGGACACUGUCAACACUAUCCAUGAUCUGGAGUAAGCUGAAGGCAAACUAACAAUCCAAAGAUGUAACAAUGACCAGUGGCACUUCAUUAUGAGCAUUCAGUUACCACACAUGUUUUGAAAUUUCAAAUGACUACAGUUAUAUUAUUCAGCCUAUACGUAACCUUAAAAUGUUGUUUCUCAUGAUUUAUAAUUAUAAUUAAAGCAUUUUCCAAAGAGUGAGAAAUAUUGAUAUACUACAUCCAGGGCUUCAAGUGGUUUGAGCAAUCUGAGCCAAGGCCAGGCAUGAUGUGUAGUGCUUAGAAUGGAUUCCUGGUGUAUCAUGGCUGGCCUUGGCUGUGAUUCUUCAAUGACUCAUCAGGAGCAUGUGCAGCUUUAGUGUAGGCACAAUAUUUUACACAGCAGCAUUUUGCACAUUAUAUUAAUUUAUAUCAUACUUUCAUUUAAUAUGCUUCAGAAAACUAUGCAUCCCUGAAUGUACUCUCAUAACUAUGAAAAAAAAAGAACAGAUUCUGUACAUAGGAGCAAAAAAAUAUAUGAAGUUUAAUUUCAUAAAUCAGAUAAUAUAUAAAUAUGGCAAACUCCUUUCCAUUCCUUCCUGGUUAAGACAGUUUGUUCUGCCAUCUCAGAGUGUCCCUUCCCAACACAUCACUACAACCAGCACACACCAAACUAUACUGUCACACAACACACAAUACACUUCAAACACACACUGAAAGAGGCAGCAUAUGUCUUUCCUAUCCCAAACUACCACAUUAUAUUUAAUCCACAAUUUCAUGACUAGGAUUGUUAUGCAUUUCAAAACCUUUUAUAAAAUUUGAAACACCACUAAUUUAGGCUCUAAUUACAAGUCUAAUAUACAAGCCAGAGCCUCGCCUGGCUGGAGAUGAAUGUUUCGGAAGGUGACAAAUCCCGUCUGUCCGUGAGAGGAGGCCAAGACUGAGCCCCCAAAGUAAAAGUGUGAAAGGUCUUUGUUUAUCACCUCGCCACCAAGGUUUGCCACCAGGGCAUACUGGUUCCGGCGCGGGUAGAAGCGGUCCAUGAUGAGCAGGUCCUCCGCAGCAUGUCGCACCUGUAAGCCCAGGAACACAGGAAAUAGUUAAAGUUUUCAUCCACAGACCAAUGUAACAUGAAUGCCAGCCCAAGUUUACUUGUUUCGCUGUACUGAUACAUGGAUGCAAGUCUGUGCAAGUUACUAAAGAUGAUAUACCAAAUGCAUAUCUAGCAAUGACAUUUUAACACAACUCACAUAUCUAAUAAUGAAAAACUACAAAUUAUCUAAGAUCAUACUUCCAUUCCAUUCCUUAACUGCUUAGUCUUGUGCUGAUUCAAUGUUUCAAUAAAAUUACAAAGCAUA